AUGGAAGAAAAUAUUCAUUAUCGGCAUAUUUUGCUGUAUUAUUUUAAAAAGGUAAGCAUGCUGCAGAAGCACAUAGAAAAAUUUGCAGUAUUUAUGGGGAUAAUGCCUUAACAGAACACACCUGUCAAAAUUGGUUUGCCAAAUUUCAUUGAGAAAAUUUUGAAAUCAAUGGUGCUCAACGGUCUGGUCGCCCACAUGAAAUUGAAACGAGCAAUGUUAAGGCCCCAAUCAGUGCGAGAGAUUAAUAUGACCCUAA